ACACGAUGUCCUGACACCACGCCCUGACACUAUGUGGGCUCUGAUCUUCUGGUUCCUGAGCCACCCCGGAGACACUGGAGCCCGAUCACACUCUCUGCACUAUUCUUACUCAGCCGUGACAGAGCCAGGCCCAGGACUUCCUGCAUUUUUUGCCAGUGGCUUUGUAGAUAACCAACCCUUCAUCCACUAUGACAGUAGGAAGAUGGAGGCAGAGCCUUGUGCUGACUGGCUGAGGGAAAAUCCAUAUUACUUUGAUGAUGAGACCCAGGUUUUCACCAAUCGGAUGAAGAUUUUCCAGUUGAGCCUGAGAAACAUUCAGCAAUACUACAACAGCUCUGGUGACAGGAGUCAGAGAGCAGAUGGCUUCCACCAGCAAGCAGGCCCUCACACCCUCCAGUUCACGUACGGCUGUGAGAUGCAGGACAACAGGACCACAGGGCACUGGCAGUAUGGCUAUGAUGGCAGAGAUUACCUGACCUUGGACUUGGACUCUAUGCAAUACACAGCAGCCACCUUCAUUGCUGGCUACACCAAGCACAAGUGGCAAAACAAUGAGUACUGGCUGGAGAGACAGAAGACCUACUUGGAGAAGGAGUGUGUCCUGUGGCUAAAGAGAUACUUAACCAUGGGAGGAGAGAACUUUACCCGAACUGACCCUCCACAGACAACAGUGACACGCCACCCCAGACCUGAAGGUGAUGUCACCCUGAGGUGCUGGGCCCUGGGCUUCUACCCUGCUGACAUCACCCUGACCUGGCAGUUGAAUGGGGAGGAUCUGACCCAGGAUAUGGAGCUUGUGGAGACCAGGCCUGCAGGGGAUGGAACCUUCCAGAAGUGGGCAUCUGUGGUGGUGCCUUCUGGAGAGGAGCAGAGAUACUCAUGUCGUGUGGAGCAUGAGGGACUGCCUGAGCCCAUCAGCCUGACAUGGGAGCCUCUUCAGCUCACCACGUCCAAGACAGAAGUAUGUGCUAGGGGCAGAUGGGGACUUCAAGCAACCACCCUGUGUGUCCUCAUGGUUUUCUGGGCCUGGUGCUAGUGUUUCUUGGACUUACCUGCUACAGAAUCCAGGCCAGAAGAAAGGACUGGAUCCAUCAGUUCCUGAAGAGGAGAGGCUCUCAGGAUGAGGACCCAGGGACAGGGGGCUACGUGGGACCGGGAAAGGUAGCCUGGUCCCCAGUUGGGCUAAGACAAAAAGCCCCAGAGACACUGAAGGGAUGGUAGGAGCUUUGCCUGUGCCUGGGCACUAGGCCCAUCACUAGCCGUACCCUCAUAGAUUUGUGGCCAUCAGUUAUGUAAUGGCAAAAGCCCCAAGCCCCCCACAUUAGAUGAAGAAAAGAGCUGUGACCCCAAGUCACAGAGGCUCUUAGGCUUGUGGACAGCUUUUGGGAGUCAGUUCUCACCUUUGAUCUCUGGGGAUCAAAGAGUUUGGAAAGACGCCAUUUACCCACUGAGCCUUCUCUCACGCCUCAAUAAACAUCUUUGAAUUCUUA